UCAGACAGGAGGACUCAAGAUGGGGAAGGUUUUCUAUUUGUAUGAGAACAUCUCCAAGAUCAGCCCCUUUGAGGGGCCACAGUACCACUUGGCACCGCCGUGGGUUUUCUAUCUGCAAGCUGCCUUCAUGGGCACCGUCUUCUUUGUUGGAACACCUAUGAACUUUAUUGUUCUACUGGUGACAGUUAAAUACAAGAAACUGAGACAGCCUUUGAACUACAUCCUGGUCAAUAUAUCAUUUGCAGGAUUCUUGGCCUUGAUAUUUUCAGUGUUUCAAGUGUUCCUUGCCAGUUGCAAAGGAUACUUUUUUAUGGGCCACACGGCCUGUUCUAUAGAAACAUGGAUGGGAUCUGUAGCAGGAUUGGUGACAGGAUGGUCCCUGGCUGUCCUUGCCUUUGAGAGAUAUGUGGUCAUCUGCAAACCCUUUGGCCAGUUCAAGUUUGGGAGCAGCCAGGCUGCGGCAGCACUGGCCUUCACCUGGGUCAUGGGCAUAGGUUGUUCCUCCCCACCAUUCUUUGGCUGGAGCAGGUUCAUUCCUGAGGGUCUGGGUUGCUCCUGUGGACCUGACUGGUACACUCAUAAUGAGGAGUUCCACUGCACAAGCUACACCUGGUUCCUGAUGGUGACCUGCUUUGUCAUGCCUAUUGGCGUUAUUAUCUUGUCUUAUAGCCAACUUCUGGGUGCACUGCGAGCUGUGGCAGCUCAGCAGGCUGAAUCAGCCUCCACUCAGAAGGCUGAGAAGGAAGUCUCCAGGAUGAUCAUUGUGAUGGUGGGCUCCUAUGUAGUGUGCUACGGCCCCUAUGCCCUGGCAGCCCUGUACUUUGCAUUGUCAACCAACGAGGACAAAGACUACCGCUUGGUCACCAUCCCAGCAUUCUUUACUAAGAGCUCCUGCGUGUACAAUCCCUUCAUCUAUGCUUUCAUGAACAAACAGUUUAACGCUUGCAUCAUGGAGACAGUGUUUGGGAAGAAGAUUGAGGAUUCAUCUGAGGUGUCCUCCAAGACUGAAACCUCCUCAGUCUCCACUGCAUAAGGCCUGCGUGCUGAGUUACUGUGUACUCAGUUUGAUCAGGCAGCAGACUAAGUUUGAUCAGGCAGCAGACAUGCUCAUCACCAUCAUAUACUUCUUCUACAUACCUUUUGUCCGAUAGGUAUGAAGAUUACUUCAUGCAUAUCCUUCUAAAUACCUCUAUUUUACCAGAAAUGCUAUAAUCAGGGGGAUAAAAUUGCCCGGUUUUCUCAGUUACCUUUACAGCAUUGUCUGUAUUGCAAAUGUGCAAAGUAAAAGAAAGAAGAAACCUAAUAGAACAAUUUAGUUUUGAUAGCAUUUUUACUAAUAAGCAGUCCCAAAGAAAGACCAAAGAACAGUUAUUUUAUGUUUCUCAAAAGUUCAGCAGUGCUACAAUUGACUUUCUCUGCAUGUAAAUUAAAUAGUAAUUUAAACUACCCUCCAGGACCUCAGAAUGUUGUAUAAACAUCUUAUUGGAAACAACUUAUCUUCACCUUAUGCAAAAACCUUGUGUUGGAUAUAUCUUCAAAAAUAAAACUGUAUUUUUUACAGGCUGAAAACCAUAUGAUACCCAUCUUAAACCAGGUCAACAUACCCAGUCCCAUCUUGAAGUUAUACAACUGCAUGUGAGUCCCCUAACCCUGUGUCUGCUAGGCUUUAAACGCUUGAUGGAAAUGGCAGGUCAUGUUUCUAAGGCAACUUUUCAAAUGACGUAAUGCAUGACAUGACUGAUCAUAUCAUCCAGUGUUCAAAUUAAAAAUGGAUUUCAGUCAGCCGUAUCAUAGGUAACAUUGUACCAAGACUGUUCCAUGUAAUGUAUUGUAUAAUAUUUA